AUGUCUGAAGAGAGGAUGCCCAACUGCCCUGCCUCUGCGUCCAAGGGCUUCAGCUCGACUCCCAUAAAGAGCCAGGGGAAAACCACAUCCAAGGGUCUAGAUGACGAUGUUGUAUCUGACGACGAAGACACUUUUUCUCUACUUUCUCCCAUUUACCAUGACAGUUUUGAUAGUGAUGAAGAGGAGCUGGAGCUUCCAGCUCAGCGGACUUUAUCGAGGCAGAGUGACGACUCACGGCCCUGCAAAUCACCUGUCAGGUGCGAGCUACCUAAAACGCCUUUGGGGAAGAUGUCCAGUCCAGCCAUGCAACCUGCAGACUCCCCUUCUCUUAGUGCAUGGCAAAUGUGGCUGUUGAACAAAGCCAAAGAGGAUCGUCUGAAACUGGAAAAGAAAGCAGAAGAGGAACGCUUACUCAGAGAAAAGAAAGAACAGCAGGAAAGGGAGCGAGAGAAGAAAAAGGUUGUCAUGGGAGAGAAGAUUCAAGAAUGGCUUCAAAUUAAAAGAGAACAGGAAAGGCAACAACAAGUUGUAAAACUAAGGAAGGAGGAGGAGGAGAUGCAGAGGCAGCAAGAGAAGCAGAGGGAGAUUAAACAGAAAGCUCAGCACAAGUAUCGAGACUGGCUGCAGAAGAAGAACGAAGAAAAAAUGGAAAGGGAAAAGACGGAGAAAGAGGAAGCGGCCCUGAAGGAGGAUCUGGAAAAGGAGCGCCGCAGGAGGGCAGAAGUGAAGUUUAAGGAGUGGCUGGUGAAAGCCAAUGAAAAAAGCAGAACUAGCUCCAGAUCACCUUGCUACCCCACAAGUCCCUACGACAAAGCGUACCCAGCACCCAGUUUCUACAAUCCAAUCCCCUGGAAACCUAUUCACAUCCCACCUCCCGAAACAUCCCCAAACCAAACCAAGAAGCCUCAGAAACAGAGAAAAAGCCAGACAAGUUCCUGUUCUUCAUUUAGGUCGAGAAACACCGUGACCGCAGCACAUUUGCUCCAGAGGAGAUGACAGAGCAGCUCCAUGUCUACGGCAGUGAUCCUGUAGCUUAGAGACAAUGAUUCCACUGUGACUCAUCAAUAUCUAAUCAGCUCCUGAGCUGAGAUUCUGCUGAGUCACUGAAUGAUUUUUGUAGUGGUGAAGAUGCUCCACUGUACAUUUUGUAACGCAUUAGAACAAAUUAGUUUGUAACAAGAUAUGCCUGAAAGAUAUCUUCAAGAGAUGUUUACAUUUUAUUUCUGAUACUUGAGCUUGCUUUCAUACCACAAUGAUGUCAACUUUAAAUGCUGGCUGUGUUAAAACCUGGAAAACGCGUUUCCAUUAUGCUGUAAAUUUGAAUCAGUUUUGUAUUUGGAUAAAAAAAAUUUGCAAUCAAA